GAAAUGAUCAAGAUGAAUGAAACUGCAGGGAAGCAGGUGACUGAAUUCAUUCUCAUGGGCAUCACAAACCAUCCUGAAUAUCAGUGUCCUCUCUUUUUUGUGUUUUUGGUCAAUUACAUGAUCACAGUGCUGGGGAACCUGGGUAUCAUUAUCCUAACCACUGUGGAUUCCCACCUCCAAAUUCCCAUGUACUUUUUUCUCAAACAUCUGGCAUUUGUGGAUCUUGGUUAUUCCACAGCUAUUGGACCAAAAAUGCUGGUUAGUUUCACAGAGGAGAAAAAUAUCAUUUCCUAUAAUGGGUGUGCAAUGCAGCGUUUUGUUGGGAUAUGUAUCACAAGUGAAAUAUUUAUCCUAUCAGCCAUGGCCUAUGAUCGCUAUGUGGCAAUCUGUAAGCCCCUCCUAUAUGUGGUCAUCAUGUCAAACAGGGUAUGUUGGCUUUUGGUGGCUUUAUCAUAUCUCUAUAGCAUUAUGGUAUGCCUACUGAUCACAACAAAUAUUUUUAUAUCAUCUUUCUGCAAAUCAAAUGUAUUGGGAUAUUUUUACUGUGACUGUAUGCCUCUAAUAUCCAUUAUAUGCUCAGACACAAGUGGAAUAGAACUAAUAAUUUUGACUUUUUCUGCAAUUAAUUUGGUUUCUUCCCUCUUGGUUAUCCUUAUUUCCUACAUGCUCAUUCUUUUGGCCAUCCUCAGGAUGAACUCUUCUGAGGGCAGACACAAAGCUUUCUCUACCUGUGGCUCUCAUCUCACAGUGGUAGUUGUAUUCUAUGUGACAUUACUCUUCAUGUACCUGCAGCCUCAAUCUAGCCAUUCUUUUGACAUAGACAAGAUGGCCUCUGUGUUUUACACUCUGAUCAUCCCUAUGCUCAAUCCUUUGAUCUACAGCUUGAGGAACAAAGAGGUAAAAGGUGCCUUGAAAAGGCUUUUUAAAAAGUGA